UGAUGGAUUUGGGUUAGGUUUGAAUGAAUUGUAUACUACGUUUUACAAUCCAUUUGUGAUUAUCACGAUAUUAUUUUUGAUAUCAUAGAUUAUCGUAUAUUUAUAACGUAAGGUAGUUAAACAUGCUUCGAUUCGGCGCUAGAACUGUCCGUAAUGCUUUAGGAAGCAGAGCUUUCGCAAAUGCACCGGCUACGGAACAAGCAAUUUCAACCACCUUUAAAGUUCAUGAUCCAAAAGAUUUUAAUGAACGUGUGAAAAACUCUAAAGUACCUGUGAUCAUUGACUUUUUCGCAACAUGGUGCAAUCCCUGUCGCAUGCUUACACCACGUAUAGAAUCGGUAGUUGCAGAAAAACAAGGAAAAGUUUUAUUGGCAAAAGUUGACAUUGAUGAGAACAGUGAUCUUGCAUUGGAUUAUGAGGUAGGGUCUGUUUCCAGUAUUGAUUGCAAUGAAAGAUGGAAAGGGUUUAGAUAGAAUAGUUGGUCUUCAAGAUGUAGAUAAACUCAAACAAUUUGUAGAUAAGUAUGCAGAAUAAUGUAGUCUAUUUUAACUAUAAUCUUGUUAUGUAGUUAAUGAGAUACUCUUUUGUAAUGUCUUAUCAGGUAAUAAGUGUAUAGUAAAAAA